UUUUGCUUUGUUUGCGUUUUGAGAAAUACAGCGUUAUUCUCAAAAUGCAAACACACCAACCCUGAUCCUUCCAGUUUAGCUAGUUCUGGUCUAGAGAUCAUCUGAUGUGGUAUAGAUUAAUAAAAACUAAAAACUAAAGCGCUCUUUCUCCUCGGCCCUCAGGAGGGUUUGUGUGAGAGGAGAUAAGGAGGCUGUAAUGCGCAGAGUUAUGGAAACAACUUCUGUAAUCCUUCAUCACGUGACUCAUACUAAAAUAAUCACUUGAUAAUGAAGAGAGACGCGCGAGGAGGUGACACAAGCGGAGAAGUGAAGCUACACACACACACACACACACACAGCUCUACAGCCUCAGGUGAGUGUGGAUCCUGAACCUACACACACACACACACACACACACACACACACACACAGCUCUACAGCCUCAGGUGAGUGUGGAUCCUGAACCUACACACACACACACACACACACACACAGCUCUACAGCCUCAGGUGAGUGUGGAUCCUGAUUUCCAUCCACUUACAAACACGCACAUUUGAUGCUCUGAAAUGUCAUUUGACUGAAUUGUUGUUCCACUUAAAGCUGGGUCAGUGAGGGAGGCUUUGAUUCAUAAAAAAAACAUUAUCUAUCAGUUGAGCAACAACUGGCACAGUUAAUAACAGGGUUCAGAUGAAUUGCCACACACAAACAAUCCGACUCUGACAUCAAUUAUUCAAAUGCAAAUGAGCGCCUGAACCACAGCCGGCACAGCUCUCCUAUAAGAAGAGACUCAGAGCGUCCUGUCGUCCUCGCAGGGCCUGACAGGUGAUCCUGCCGAGCGUGAGACAAGCACAGGAGAGGUGAGAAGAAGAGAAGAAAGUUUUCUGUGGAGGAGGGGAGAGAGAGAGAGAAGUCGUAGGAUGUCUGUUAUUGGCGCGCUGCCUUUCAUCAAACCAAUGCUGCCUGGACCGUCCGUCUCUCCGGGCAUCCAGAGGAGACACACUCUGCCCGCGAGCGAAUUCAGACCCCUGAACACGCAGGAUGCCAUCAGCGUGUUUGAGAUCGAGCGAGAAGCGUUUAUCUCAGUGUCAGGUGAGUGUCCCCUCCACCUGGAUGAGGUGCGUCAUUUCCUCACACUGUGUCCAGAACUUUCUAUGGGAUGGAUCGAGGAGGGCCGGCUGGUUGCUUUUAUCAUCGGCUCUCUGUGGGACCAGGACAGACUCUCCACGGAUGCACUGACUCUCCACAAGCCGCGCGGCUCUACCGCCCACAUCCACGUGCUCGCCGUGCACCGCACCUUCCGGCAGCAGGGCAAAGGUCCCAUCCUGAUGUGGCGCUACCUGCAGUACCUGCGCUGCUUCCCAAACGUGCGCCGCGCGCUGCUCAUGUGCGAAGAGUUCCUGAUCCCCUUCUACCGUAAAUCCGGCUUUAAGGUGCUGGGCCGCUGCGCCAUCACCGUGGGUCCCCUGACCUUCACGGAGAUGUUGUAUCCGAUCAGCGGGCACGCGUACAUGCGCAGGAACAGCGAGGCCAUCCGCUUCCCGCAGCAUCCUCUGACUCUGCCGCUGACAAAGACUGAUGAGCAGGCGGAUGUAUGACCAGGUGCAGUUUGUCACUCAGGUGUCACUCCUUUCUAGGAGAUUAUUGUUCAUUAAAGUCUGCUUGCUGUUUGUUGAACUAAAGCUAAAUGUGACGUCAGCCCUCCCUUAAUGUCAAAUAAAAACACAGGUUUCAUGAAACCAUCAUGCGACUCUUACAUUCAAUUAUUCAUCAGUUAGUUCCGACCAAGCAAUCUGAUUGGACAAGAGGCAUUCCAUGAGUGACGAUAUAGAAGAACAACAUCACCGGAACUUUUCACAUCAUGUAUCCCUCCGCCUCAGCGUGCAGGAGCUCUGAACACCUUUAAUGAACAUUUACAGCUGAGAAAGUUUUUAUUAGUUCAUCACCUCAAACCUCAGACUCUCACAACACACCCAAAUGUCACUAGUUUCAUAAUUUUAACAGUUAAGUAAAGGUUCAUCCUACAAAGGUAGCUGCUGCGCUGUGGUAACCAUGGACACCAACAGUAGAGUAGAACGUUCGGGUUGCUAGGCAACGGUCUAGUUACAUUGCGGAACUAAAAUAUAAUCUGUUGUUGAUUUUUACUUUUUAUUAAUAUCAUCUGCUUGUAUAAAUGCAUGUAUAAUGCAUUAUUAAAUCUGCUGUAAAUGUUAGUGAGUGACCAACAUGUGUAGCCUGUUGUUGUUCAAUGGGACAGAUUUCAUUUUGUGAUGUUUUGUUUUAUAUUUGUGUCUGUUUCAAAAUCUCAAUAAAAUGUUUUCUA